AUGUCGUCACGCCGACCAUGGAGCAAAGCAGAAGACGAGAUGUUAAUAACGCUUAUCCAACGUUUUGGUGACCGACGAGGACGGGACGGGAAAUGGAAUGAGAUAUCCAAACGUCUCUCUGGAAGGACCAACAAAGAUUGUCGCAAGCGCUGGUUUCAUUCCUUAGAUCCAUCCCUCCGCAAAGGACGAUGGACAAAGGAAGAAGACGAGACUUUACUGGCCACAUAUGGAAGAUUGGGACCUGCCUGGAAGGAAAUUGCACGACUCAUUCCAGGCCGAAAGGAUGACCAGUGUGCAAAGAGAUACAACGACAUUCUUGAUCCGAAAGUUGAAAAUCGCCUACGGCCCUGGACUCUCGAAGAAGAUCAAUAUCUGACUGCCAAGGUGUCUCAGCUUGGACACCAAUGGUCCACCAUCGCGGCCGGGCUAUCUGGCCGUCCGCCUCUCACUUGCCGAAAUCGAUGGCGUAGACUGGAGAAAGACAUUCCCAAAGCAGGCGAUUCAUCCUUAUCUCCAGAUGACUCGUCAAGUAGCGUGCCAAUACUUCGGUGGUUAGACCCUGCACAUCCGUCCUCUACGUCUCUGGAUGGGGCUCUCUCGUCCGUCCUACAAUAUAUUCAAUCAGUGCCAGACUAUCCAGGCUUGACACCCGACACUCCAGCCGUAGGACAGCGGAAUGGUUUUGUAGAGGACCAGUCAAUGACGGCAUUGACUACAUUGGACAGCCAAACGACGACAUGGGUUGAUGUAUUCGACGAGUUACAACAGCAAGCACCAUUAGCUUCGAAUUACAACGCCGAAGCUUACUGUAAUGGUGGGAAGGAUUUAAGUGUCUCAUCCUUAGCGUCAAAUAGCCUUUCCGAGCCAUCACCUCGAAACGUGGAGUUUACUCGGCAGCAUCAGACCUCGUCUGGAAGUAUGAGCAAUCCAUAUUCGUUGAAGAACGCACGACAAACUAGGAACUCUGGUGCUUCGGCCUUGGUACCAGAUGCAGAAAGCAUACAGGCAAACAUGCUAGAGCAAAUGGCCAUGCAAUCUAUUUCGUUAAGAAACCACCAUCUCGAAAACAUAUCUGUGACAGGCACUAUUCAUUACCACCAUCACUUCCACCAUCAUCACCAUUACCACCAUCACUCUCAAAUUCAGUGGCCAAAUCAAAGACCAACCUUCACACUUUUUGAAAGAGAAUCUGGCUAUAGUGGUACAGGGCUUACAUAUUUUAUGUGA